AUGGAGUGCCCGUACUACCCGCAGACGCCGCCGCUCAGUGCGCAGUCCUACGGCCGCAGCUUGUUCGACUCUCCCUUCUCCGACUAUGGCACCGAAGCAUCUCAAUCCCCGGACGUGUCACUGUCCCCGGCGCAGAACCUUAUCCUCAAUCGCCUUACGUUAAUCGGCCACCAGAUUCUUCGCAAGGACAUUAGCAAAGAGAGGAUGCGCUGGCUGAGUGAACGCAUAGACGCUGUCGAGAGCGUCGUCCAUGCUCCCGAGACCCAGAGCAGGUCCGAACUCGAGGACUCGGCCUUGUUCGUAGAUACCGACGACGAAGAAGAGAUGGAUAUCGCUACAGGACUGGGUCUCUCUGGCAAUACCCUUUACGACUCGAAGGACGCCAAGAAACAGGACCGCAAAGACAAUGGUGUUGAAGAAGAGCUGAACAGUCGCACGGAAUGGGAGGAGGGCACUACCCUUGGUGACGUCGAAGCCGACCAUAACCUCGACGAUGUAUUCUACACGCCCAUCAAGAAGAGCUUCCCUCGCCUGAGUCGACCUCCGCCAGCGUCUGCUUCCGCUGGGGAAGGGACCGUGGAUGAAAUCUUGGCUACCAUUGGAGAAGUGUGCAUGCGUCACGAAGAGACCAAAUAUCUCAACUCGCUCAUGCUUGAAGAGCUCGACGUAGCCAACGCAGAGAAUACCACUCUCCGCAACAUCAACGACAAGCUGGUUCUCGACCUCCACCUCGACUACUCCGAACUUCUCUUCCUCAAGAUCCAGCUCCAGACGAUUGAGACUCACGCCUUACCACUCGAAGACGAAGACUCGGAAUUCUCCUUCGUUCGCGCGAUCGAACGUCUUGAGCUUGACUGGCGCGACGUGGAGAAGCGCUUCGCCAACCGCAUGGAGACGCACGGCCAGGACAAGUCUGCUGAGGAGCUUAGGGCCGGCUUGCCAAAAGGCCUCAAAGAAGUCCUCAGAGAAAUCAGAGAUGAUGCUCCUUUAGCCGCAUCUAGGGCUCGGAGCGAGUCGCCCAUCCGAUCGCGUGAGCAUCUCCUGGAACGUCUGUCCAGAGCCUCAACUCGAUCGAACUCGCGCAUGAGAGGUGACUCCAUUGCCAGCGCCAAUUCCAUUGUGGAUAUCGCCAAUUCCGUGGUGGACUCCACUCUCGAAACUGUCGAGUCCGUCGAGGAGGCAGACAUUGACGAGGCGGCCGACUGUCAUGAGGCAACCGAUUCUCACGAGGGAGACGAGGACGAAGAGGAAGAGGAACACGACGAGCAAGACGAGCAGGACGAGCAGGAGAUCGCAAGGCCUGCUAUAGGUUUUUGGGACGCUCUCGCCAGAGCCGCCGGCAUCGUCGACUACUACGACCUCCUCUCCGACAACGACGACACGGAGACUUGA